AUGUUAACACACCCAUUCGACCAGUCGGUACAACAGAUCGAUGAAUAUUCAUACUUCAAUUUGAGACAUAUUGCUAAGGACAAAUUAGUUGACUGGUUGGACGUUCACUCAUUCGUUCACUCGUAUAAAUUCUUCUUUGAAGAUGAGCUUCCGUUUUGUAUUCGUGUAUUGUUGGAGAACGUGGUGAGGAAUUGCGACAAUUUUAAGGUGACUACAGAGGAUGUGAAUCGUAUUUUGAAGUGGACGGAUGGUGUGCGUGAGGAGAUUCCGUUUAAACCUGCUCGUGUCUUAUUGCAAGACUUCACAGGUGUUCCAUCAGGUGUGGAUUUAGCUGCUAUGCGUAGUGCGGUGGUAAAGUUGGGUGGUUCUUCGGACAAGGUAAAUCCGUUGGUUCCGGUUGAUUUGGUGAUUGAUCAUAGUGUGGCUGUGGAUGACCAUGGUUCAGAGGCGAGUUAUCGGAAGAAUGAGGAACUGGAAUUUAUUCGUAAUGAAGAGCGGUUUGCCUUUUUGAAGUGGGCUCAAUCUGCGUUUAAUAACUUGAGGGUAGUUCCUCCUGGUAGCGGAAUCUGUCAUCAAGUGAAUCUCGAAUAUUUGGGUCGUGUUGCCUUUAUUGAUAACGGCGAUGAACCUGCAGCUAACACAGAUGGUGCUAAGACUGAUGGUGGUAAGACUGAUGGUGCUAAGACUGAUGGUGGUAAGACUGAUGGUGGUAAGACUACUGACACUUCCCGGACAAGACCGAAGAUGAUUUACCCCGAUACUGUUGUGGGGACGGACUCUCACACCACAAUGAUUUCUGGUCUAGGAAUAUUAGGAUGGGGUGUGGGCGGUAUUGAGGCUGAGGCGGUUAUGUUAGGACAACCGAUCUGUAUGUUGUUACCAGAUGUAAUUGGUGUGAAAGUAUCUGGUACAUUACCCGUUGGAGUUACAGCAACUGACUUGGUGUUAAAAGUAGCGCAGAUUUUGCGUCAAGAAAAAGUUGUAGGAAAAUUGGUGGAAUUCUUCGGUCCUGGACUUAGCAAUUUAAGCAUAGCCGAUCGGGCAACUAUAAGUAACAUGAGUCCUGAAUUUGGUUGCACUACAACUUACUUCCCAUGUGAUGAGCAAACCUGCGAGUAUAUUCGCGCUACGGGACGCAAUGCAGAGAUUGUAGAAAAAUAUUUCCGCGCGAAUUCACUCUUCCGCACACAAGAUGCACCUGUACCGAAGUACACCAAAGUGCUUGAAAUUGAUUUGGCCGCGCAACAACCUGCAAUUGCAGGUCCUAAGAGACCUCACGACUACAACUUAGUGAAAACUUUGUUUGCGGAAUUCCCCAAACAAUUAAUCGCCCCAACAGGUUUCCGAGGGUUUGGCUUGAGCGAGGAAGCUGCCGAACACAGUUGCGAUAUUACACUCGGCGACGAGACCUUCACCAUCAGACAUGGCCAGGUGGUUCUUGCCGCUAUCACUAGUUGUACGAACACCAGCAACCCGAGUGUCAUGAUUGCCGCCGGUCUCUUGUGUCAAAAAGCCUCACGUCUUGGACUCAAGGCCAAACCCUUCGUGAAGUGCAGUCUCAGUCCUGGUUCCCACGUCGUACAGGCUUAUCUCGAGCAGGGCGGUCUGUAUGAGGACAUGAAGAAGGUCGGGUUCUUUCUCACUGGUUUCGGAUGCCAGUCUUGCAUUGGUAACAGUGGCGAUCUCCUGCCCGAAGUCAUCACUGCCAUUACCGAAAAGGAUCUGGUGGCGGCCGCCGUGUUAUCUGGCAACCGUAAUUUUGAAGGCCGCGUGAAUCCUCACACGCGUGCGAACUAUCUAGCUUCGCCACCUUUAGUGGUAGCUUAUGCGUUGGCUGGUCGUAUAGAUUUUGACUUUGAGAAGGAGCCCUUGGGGAAGAGCGAGGAACAAGACAUUUUCCUGAAGGAUUUGUGGCCCAGCAAUUCUGAGAUCAAGGUAUAUAUGCAGCAGCAGUUAACACCGGAUUUGUUUGAAAAGGCUUAUUCUACCAUCAUGAAAGGGAGUAUGAACUGGCAGCAGAUGGCGGUGUCACAAGGUGACUUGUAUGAAUGGAAUCCUGCAAGUACAUACGUUCAUGAGCCGCCAUUUUUUGAUGAUUUGACGCCGGAGCCGAAGCCGUUAAAGGCUAUAACUGACGCUUAUUGUCUACUGAGUUUGGGUGACUCUAUUACAACGGAUCAUAUCUCGCCGGCUGGGAAGAUUGCGCUGAAUUCACCAGCCGCCCAAUAUUUGAUCUCAAAAGGUGUAGAACCAAAAAUGUUUAAUUCAUACGGUAGUCGUCGUGGACAUGAUGAAGUUAUGGUGAGAGGUACACUAGCGAAUAUCCGUCUGAUAAACAAGAUGGCAUCCAAGGUUGGACCAAUCGCUCGUCAUGUACCAUCAGGCGAAGAACUUUCUGUCUUUGAUGUCGCCAUGCGAUACAAACAAUCUAGCAAGCAAUGCAUCAUACUCGCCGGUAGUGAAUACGGUAGUGGCUCGUCACGAGAUUGGGCUGCUAAAGGAGUUAAAUUAUUAGGAGUUGUUGCCGUAAUUGCUAAGUCCUUCGAACGUAUUCAUCGAUCUAACCUUGUUGGAAUGGGUGUUCUACCACUCCAAUUCCUCGAAGACCAGGAUGCUAACACACUUCAACUCACUGGUGAUGAACUUUACUCCAUCGAUGUUCCCAAAGUCGGAGUACGCUCAAAUGUACUCGUACUACUCAGCGACGGACGUAGCUUUGAAACAGUUUGCCGCAUAGACACUCCUGUUGAACUUGACUACUACACACACGGAGGUAUCCUCAACUACGUGCUCCGCGAAAUGGCCGCCUCCGCCAAAAAGAAGGCCUAG